GAUUCGCGGCUCACGUUCCUUUUUCCCGUACCUCCUUCUGUUCUUUGUUUCCUUUUUCACGUUUCACACUGGGUAACCCUACCUGAAAAUAGCUUACGUACACUUUACGCCUGCCUUAAUACGCCGCAGACUCCUUAGCCUUUAGCGAAAGUGCGUCUAGGAAAGAGCUGGCACGCGCGGGGCUCGGCGGAGGCGCGCUUGGGCUCCCGGCGACGACGACAAGGAGAGGGGACGGAGGCGGCGCCUGAAGCAGCGGCGGAUCCCAUGCCCCGGGACGGCGGGCGGGCCCGGAGAGACGAGUCCGGGGCCCGGGGCAUGUCCCCGGGGCCCCCGUGAGGAGGCGGCGGUGGCGAUGGAGAUCCCGCCACAGGAGGCGCCGCCCGAGCCGGGCGCUGAAGCCGAAGCCGAAGCCGAAGCCGAAGCCGGAGCCGGAGCCGAAGCUGAAGCCGAAACAGACGCUGAUGCCGAGGUGGCCCCCGCUGAGGCCGAGUCUCCCAGCCCGGCAUCGCCCCCGGCUGACGGGCGCCUUAAGGCUGCAGCCAAGCGCGUUACAUUCCCGUCGGACGAAGAUAUCGUGUCCGGAGCGGUGGAACCCAAAGAUCCCUGGAGACACGCUCAGAACGUGACGGUGGAGGAGGUGAUUGGCGCCUACCGGCAGGCCUGCCAGAAGCUCAACUGCAGGCAGAUCCCCAAGCUGCUCCGGCAGCUGCAGGAAUUCACAGACCUUGAUCACCGCAUUGACUGUCUGGACCUGAAAGGGGAGAAGCUUGACUAUAAGACCUGCGAGGCUCUGGAGGAAGUCUUCAAGAGGCUGCAGUUCAAGGUUGUGGACCUGGAACAGACAAACCUGGAUGAAGAUGGUGCCUCAGCCCUGUUCGACAUGAUCGAGUACUAUGAGUCGGCCACCCACCUCAACAUCUCCUUCAACAAGCACAUUGGCACCCGGGGCUGGCAGGCUGCUGCCCACAUGAUGCGGAAGACCAGCUGCCUGCAGUACCUGGAUGCUCGCAACACACCCCUGCUGGACCACUCGGCACCCUUUGUGGCCCGCGCCCUGCGCAUCCGAAGCAGCCUGGCGGUGCUGCACCUGGAGAAUGCCAGCCUGUCGGGGCGGCCGCUCAUGCUGCUUGCCACAGCCCUGAAGAUGAACAUGAACCUGCGAGAGCUGUACCUGGCUGACAACAAGCUCAAUGGCCUGCAGGACUCGGCUCAGUUGGGCAACCUGCUCAAGUUCAACUGUUCCCUGCAGAUCCUGGACCUGCGCAACAACCACGUGCUGGACUCUGGCCUGGCCUACAUUUGUGAGGGUCUCAAGGAGCAGAGGAAGGGGCUGGUGACCCUGGUGCUGUGGAACAACCAGCUCACGCACACGGGCAUGGCCUUCCUGGGGAUGACGCUGCCACACACACAGAGCCUGGAGACGCUGAACCUGGGCCACAACCCCAUCGGGAACGAGGGUGUACGCAACCUCAAGAAUGGGCUCAUCAGCAACCGCAGCGUGCUGCGCCUGGGCCUGGCCUCCACCAAGCUCACUUGCGAGGGCGCGGUGGCAGUGGCGGAGUUCAUCGCCGAGAGCCCCCGCCUCCUGAGACUGGACCUGCGGGAGAACGAGAUCAAGACGGGCGGGCUCAUGGCACUGUCGUUGGCUCUCAAGGUGAACCACUCCCUGCUGCGCCUGGACCUUGACCGCGAGCCCAAGAAGGAGGCGGUAAAGAGCUUCAUCGAGACGCAGAAGGCGCUGCUGGCCGAGAUCCAGAAUGGCUGCAAGCGCAACUUCGUGCUGGCGAGGGAGCGGGAGGAGAAGGAGCAGCCGCUGCAGCUGUCAGCCUCCAUGCCCGAGAUUACUGUCACCGGGCCACAGCCCCUCGAGGAGUCUGCGGACUCAACCCCUGCUGCAGCUCAGAAUGGGACUCCCAGCCCCCCAGGGCUCGGCCCAGACUCUGACUCGGACUCAGUCUCAGAUGGGGAGGACGAGGAGGAGGAGGAGAAGGACAAGGACAGGCAGAGGAAAGAGAAUGGCAGUGGCCAGAGUUCCUUGGCCCCCUGUCCUGCCCUGGUGCCCCCCACGGACUCUCUAGGCCCUGGGGACAGGAGCCCCCCCAGCAGCCCUUCUUCCCCAACGGAGCAGCGGAUUUCCGUGUCCAGCCCAGGCCGGGGUCACAAGGUGUUUGUGGUGACCCGGGUGGAGAGUCCACCUGAGAAGGCAGAGCCCCCCAUACCUGCCAGCCUCGCCUCCCCUUCCUCUCCACCCCUGUCCCCCGCCCCUGUCUUCCCAGCAGCCAAGGCCACUGGCACCCAGGAUCCAGAAUCACCUGAGCCGGAGUCACCUCAGUCAGGCCCACCGCUGCCCAACGGCCUGAAGCCAGAGUUUGCCCUUGCGCUGCCCCCAGAGCCGCCCCCAGGGCCUGAGGCCAAGGGAGGCAGCUGUGGCCUGGAGCACGAACUGCGCUGCCCGCAGGAUGAGAAGGCGCUGGAGGAGCUGCUUCUGGAGGCCAGUCAGGAGGCCGCACAGGAGACACUGUGACACUUUCCUUUUUUCCGGUUGGUCUUGGAUGAGCUGAGGCCAGAGCCAUGAGAAUCUGCUCGCCCUCACCCCAGCCCUUCUGAGACCUAGGAUGCCGGGCCAGGGGCACCAAGGACCCCUCCCCGGGAGCACUACAGCCGCGAGCAAGGCCGUGGCAUGUCUAUUUGUGUGUCUGACACUCGAGGACUUGGCUGGGGUCGACCUCAGGGGCAGGAGGGUGAGGUGGCCGCAGGGCUGCUCUGGUCCUAGAUAGCUGUCCCGGCCCAGCCUGCCCUGUCCUAUUGUGAGCAGGAGUCCAAGGUGGCAGGGUGGCCCCCUCAGCCCCAUUGGGGACCAGGCAGGUGGCAUGGGAGGUGGCGCUGGUGGUGGAAGUUCCAAAACGCCCCAGGUGGGGUGAGGGCCGGGCGGGUGGGGCUGGGUGCAAAGGAUCAGAGCUUUCUUUCUCUUAAGUGCAAUAAAUCUAUCAGGGAGCUGGGGUGGCAGCCUUGAGCACCUGGGGACCUUGCUGCCCAGGCCAUGGAGGCUGCGCCCUGGGAGGCACUACAACCAUGGGCGGGCGGGUGAGGGGGGCUG